AAAUUAUUAAAAAGAAAAAAAAUCAUUAAUAUCAAAUAUGAAAUUUAUUGGCCUUAAAUCUAUAACAAAGCUUGCGGUUCCAUUAGUUGGAAACCUGUUUUAUUUAACAAGGUCUCAAUUGGUUACCAUAAAAAUGACCGCAUCUGAUCCUGAUUUCAAACUGGCUAAGUCUAUUCAUGAAUUCACCGUAAAAAAUAUAAAAGGUACAGACGUUAAACUAGACACAUAUAAAGGUCAUGUCUGUAUUAUUGUGAAUGUUGCUUCAAAGUGUGGGCUUACCGCAAACAACUACAAGCAACUUAAUGAAUUAUAUGAGCAAUAUGCAGAGAGCAAAGGAUUGCGAAUUCUGGCAUUUCCAUGUAACCAGUUCGCCAGUGAAGAACCAGGAAGCUCUGAAGAAAUCAUGUGUUUUGCUGCUGAUCGUAAAGUAAAGUUCGACUUGUAUGAGAAAAUUGAUGUUAACGGAGAUAAUGCUUCUCCAUUGUGGAAAUUCUUAAAGCAUAAGCAAGGCGGUACACUGGGCGAUUCCAUCAAGUGGAAUUUUACGAAGUUCAUCAUUGACCAACAAGGCGUUCCAGUUGAACGUCAUGGACCUAAUGUAGAUCCUAAGGAUUUGGUGAAGUCUCUGGAAAAAUAUUGGUGAAACCUUUUUAACAAAAAACUGCGUAUUUACUAUUAUGCUUACUUCAACAUUAUAGUUUAAUUUUUCAAAUUAGGUGAUGUUUUAUUAAUAGAAUAGAUAUGUAGCGUUAACCAUUUUAAGUUCGACCAAUAAGCAAAAAUGAUUUAAAUAGUUUUAGAGUUCAUCUCGCAAAAUACGAACAAUUUAUACAUAUAUAUA